AUGAAGGCCUCUCUCCGUACCAUCAAACGAUUAGAAGCCAAAGCUCAAAAAUUCUCUUCCCAUAUUCUCUUCCAUAAACGUCAUCAUGGAAAACAAUACGACGCAAGUACUGAUUCCAUUGAAAACUUUACCGGAGGUUCUUUCAAACACACUCCAAACAUCUCUUCCUCCAUCGAAGGAGGAUCCAAUUUAAAUGCGGAAUCCAUCGAAGACGUUUCUCUCAAUCUUUGUGAUCCCGAUAUUGAUCGAGAUGAUCAAAAAGAACGAGAAAAUUCAUGUCAAUUAUUGAAAGAUGCUUUGUAUUACUCAUUGUUGACCAUGUAUUUACCAAUUCAUGUGGUUCCCGAAGAGUAUCGUAGUGGUGUUCUGACAGGCAACUCGGAAAAAGGAAAAAACGUUCCAAUGUCUCUCGCCCAACUUCAAGAUCAUGUGUUGAAAUUAUUUCAAAAUGAUUUGUCCAAGGAAGAUGUUGAAAAGACUUGGAAUCAAUUGUACACGAUCGAUGCAGAGAAUGGAACGAGUGAUUUGUGUGUGGAUUUUCUACUUUUAAGAAAAAUUUUACUUUCUAAAGAACAACAAUUACCGUACUCACAGCAAGAUUUCAAAACUCCACAAAAUUACGCAACUUGGAGACAAAACAAGAUUAAGGAAAUUGAUCUCAUUUUGGAUAGCAUUAAAAGUGGAAGAAAAUAUAAGUUUGCUUCGAAAUUGGAAUUUCAAAUUGAUCAUGUGAGUUUGGAAAAGAAGGGAGCUCUCGCCAAGGUUCAUGAAAGUGCCGAGAUUUUGUAUCGUGUGAAUACGGCUCAUUCUUCAGAGAUUAAAGUCAAUAAUGAAGAGAAGGCAAUCAAUACAUUCGAGUCACCUCAUAUGGAAGCAAAACUUGGUGACAAUGGUACCUUUGAUUUGCAUUUUAAGGAUACGAUUAAGGUAUCUUUUAACGAAUCAAAUCAAGAACUGACUUUACAUUUUGUGUAUGCCAAGUUUGCAGGUUUGAAGAAGAAGGAAAUUGGCUCUGUCAAAAUUAAGGUCAAUGAUCUCAUUUCCAAGUUGUUCCCAAUGACCAAUUGGGGAGCUUUGAACUCUCCAAUUUCAUUAGAUUUCACCAUUGAAAAUCCAGAACAUGCUACGGAAUCUCUUGGAAAAAUUUCACUCAAAUUUUUGAGAGGUAAUUACCAAAACUUUCCUGCCUUUCAUGGCAACUGGGAGACCUAUUUACGAGAAAAAACAAAAAAGAUUGAAGCUAAUUUACAAAGUUACAAAUUCCCAGAUAUUUAUGAAGUGAAGAGAGUGUUGUUGAGAAGAGCUUUUCUUGCUCCAAAAUUGGACAAUAGUUUGGUCACUCCAGUCCACAAAUGGCUUUUGGAGGAAAUUGAUCUACUCUUUGGCUUGUCCAAUCACAAUGCUGAAAUUUCUUUAUUGGAUGUCUUUUCAAGAAAUGUUCGUUUCCUAGUCACUUUUGCCGAUCAAUUUGGAAAGAGUUAUGACACUGCAACCAAUCUUGUAGAAACCAAUUUGAAGCAAAUCGAGAAAAUUAACAAGAUUAUGGAAAAUACUGAAAAGAAGGUUCUUGACAUUAUUUUGAAUUUCAAAGACAAAUUUCCAAGAGGAAAACCAGAAGGAGCUCUUCAGAAUGUACUCACCAUUUAUGAUACCAUUUUGUGUCGACACAAAAAACGCUCCUAUGAAGAAUAUAUCACAACAUUGAAUGAAUUAGUGGAUCAAGCCCUUACACUCGAUUAUGAAACGUUCAAGAAACAACAAAUGGAGGCCUUCAAAACAGAAGAAUUCAAUGCAAAAGUGUUAAUUUCCAUGAUUCCAAUUGUUACUUUCAAACUCGAUCGUCUCUAUGACUUUUCUUCCAUCUUUCCAGAAGAAAUCAAAUACGAACAAAAGAAUUGGAUCUAUUAUGAAUUGUUCAAGAAGGAUUUCGCAGACCUAGAAUCCAAGAAUGGUUUUACUGGAUAUCAAAUGCUUCAUUUUUGUGCCAAAUUGAAACCUUUGGAGGAAAUUGUUUCAUGCUCUACUGAUUUGUGUGCCAAGAAGAGUGAACUAUUGGAUGUUCAUGUCAUUUCGAAAGGUUAUGAAGAAAAAUUCAUUUCCGAAUUGUAUGAAAAACUCUCUAAUUGUGCACAACAAUCCAUUCUUGUGGAUAAUUGGUUACCUGUGAAUGAAGAAGUGAAACAUAGUACGAGCGUGGUUGAUUUCUACUCAACGGCACACGAAACUUGGCUCUUCGUAUCAGAAUUGGAAUUUUUCAAUGAGCACUUGUUAGAAUUGUUUACAACCAUGCUUGGCAAAGUCACAUUCGAAUAUGCCAAUAAGGUGAAAAACUUGGCAGUCUCUGUCUUGACGAAAAACACCAAACAAAGUUUAGUGACCAAUGAAUGUGAAAAGAGUUCAAACAAGUUACAACUCUUCAAGAAGAAGACCAGUGACAGUGAUAGCACCGAUCAUGUGGAUGAGCCCUAUUCUGAAAUUACUAUUACUAAGGACUUUUUAAUCAUGUUAAAUGACAUUGAGGUUUCAAAGCAAGAAUUGCAAGAUAUUUUACAAUCAGUCACAGAAAAACAACAAGCCAUGAAAGACUCUGAAGAAAUUGAGAAGAAAAUGGAAGAGCAAGAAAAGGAGUCACAACACGAUGAAGCAGUUUCUCAAUCCAAGGAGACUCCCAAUGAUGACGAGGUCACUGAUUUUGAAAAUGAUACAUCUCUUGAAAAGUCGUUAGAAAAGUAUCAUGAAGUCGGUGAGGCUCAAAUGACCGAGUUGGAAAAGUUAAAAAAUUCUUUGGAUAUUCUCAUUGAAUCUCUACUUGCAAUUAUUGCAUCCAAUUUUAGAAUUCCAAUUCGAAAGGCACUUGAAAAAAUUAUGAACAAUGCUCGUAAAGUGAUGGAUCAACAGAAAGGUGUUACCAGACCCUUGUCCAAGCAGGCUACUCUUGAUUUGUUACAAAAAGAUUCUGACAAGAUUUUGAGUGAGGACAUUAUUGAUCCGAUUUUAACUCCUGCUUUUGAAUUAUUGUCUGAAAAUUGUUAUGAUCAAUUGUUCAAAUUACUGAUUGAGAAAGUGUUGGAUAUUGUCAAUUUUGAAAUGCUUUAUACCUUUGUCAUUCCUAUUGAAAAUUAUGAUAUUGAGUUGGAUAAGGAUAAAUUCCUCACUGUGGAACAAGUCUAUUUAAUGGAAUCAUGUCACGUGGCCAUUGGUCUCUAUUUUUGUGGAAAUGACGAUGAUCCCAAUACUGGAAUUUCUGAAGAUACUCUAGAAAAGAACUCUCGUUUGUUGAAGAGAAUAUUUUCUCUCUACGAAUCUUCAUCCUCUAAAUUGAUCAAUAUUUAUGAAAAGUAUGUGAAAUAUCCAAACUUGAAUUUCACAAAUACUUUGAAAAAGCAUCACAUUUUGUUGAUCUUGAAAACCAAACACGAUCCUGAGGCCAUUAAUUUCUACAAGCAACAUCAACGAGAGGCUGAAAAGGAACGUAUCAUUCAAGUAUUCAAUUUGAAGCCCAUUGAAGGAGCAAGUGAUGACGACGAGAGUAAUGAUCGCUACGAAGAGAUUCUUGUCUCACUGAAUGGUAUCUAUGAAAUGACUCCCUACGACAUUCAUGUCACUGAAUUGAGAUUACUUUUAGAAGCAAAAUAUUCAAGAAAAACUCGUGAAUUCCUUUUGAAAGAUAUUCGAAAUGCAAAAUUGAAUAAGGGUCUAUUAUCUACAAAAGGAAUUCAAUUCACCAUUGCAAGUGAGGACAAUUCUGUCACUCGCUACAUUACCUUUUCAGAUUCCAAUGUGAGAACCAAGUUCAUUAAUGUCAUUGCUCAACAAUUGAAGAAUAUUGGAAACGAACAACAACAACUAAUGGAAGAACUCAAAUCUCCAACAACAGCAAGUGCCUCGACUGUCAGCGGAUCCAAGAAAGUCGAGCCCUCCAUUUUUGAUCAAGCCAGUGACGCUCUCAAAUCCAAAUUCAAAAUUAAGAAUACAAAUUGUCAACUUUUGAGAAGAAUUGUCUGUCAAUCGGCAUACAAGGAAGGAGAAACCAAAACCUACCUUUCUGGAGAAGUAUUACUCUUCAAUUAUUGUGUGUGUUUCCACUGUUUUUCCGAUGGCGUGAAAGCAACUUUUAGUUUCAAAGCAAAUUUCAGUAUUGUGAAGAAUAUUCAAUUGUUGAAACGCAAAGACAACAGCAGUGACAAGAUCAAAAUUGAACUUGUUGGAGGAUACUCUGUUUCAUUCUACAACGUGGAUGACGCUCAAAUGGCUAUCAAAGAUCUUUCAGAAGCUUUCGAACAAUGGAAGAAUAUCAGUUCUAUCGAUGCCACUCAAUUAGAAAAGUAUAAGAAGAAUGAUGAUAAGAACUACUUUUUACAUCGAUUCCAUUUGAAACAUUUGGAAAGUAGUGAGGAAACAUUGGAUCGUAAAAUUCUUUCCGCAAGUGCCAUCACAGAAAUUGGUUCUCUCUUCAUUGGACACUAUCAUUUAUGCUAUGAAUCGGCUCAUUACUUACCGACCGUGACCGCCUCUUCGCACGAAUAUGAAAUCAUUUGUCUUCCCAUUGCAUUCAUUGACAAGGUUGAAAAAUAUGUCCACUCCAAACUCGUCGUUCUCACGCUCACGAGCGGGCAGUUGUGCUGUUUCAUGUUUAAGGAAGAAAAGUUGUUGGAAUUGGCUGUUCAGCGUAUACAGGCGAUGAUUCAAUCGUUGAGGAAACAAUCAUCAUCCUCAUCAUCAUCGGGAAGUGGUUUCUUUAGUAAGGUAUCUUCAUCAUCUUCCAUGACUUUAUCAUCCAAUAAUAAUAAUAGUAAUAACGGAAUGGAUCAACCGAUGGAGAGUAAUAACUUGUAUCGCUCUCCACUCAUGAAGCCCAUGAAAAUAGAUCCCGAUAGUACAGAUCAACGUGUGCUGAAUAAUGCCAUCCUGACUCAGAAGGUACAAGAGGCUUCUUUGCAGUCGUCAUCCUUGUUGGGUAACUCAUCAGACAGUGGUUCAGGUAAGACUGGAAUCUUUGGAAUGUUUACUUCGAUUGGAAAGAAUAUCUUUGGAAGUAAGAAGAAGAAGUAA